AUGGCGCCGCCCCUCUUUUCAAAAUGGAGAUGGCCUUGCGGAGGAGACGCGCCUCAGAUCGAGAGCGUGGGUCCUGAUCCGUUCGCGGCCGAAAAGCCCAACAACAGCCGUCCGCUCGUCGCACGGUUUGGGUCGAGAGUGCAACAGAGAACCAGAGAGGGAGACAGAGAGAGACAUCCGGGCAUCAUCCUCCACCAGAGAACCGUCGCCUGUCUCCUCCGCUCCACCAUCCCAGUCGCCCUUCGUAUCACGUUCCCUCGUCCAUUCACCUUCAUUGCUGACUGUCGAACUGACCGUCAUCCCGUCUCUCCCUUCAUGAUUAUCGCCACCACCAGCAAAAUGGCUCCCGUCAUCUCCCAGCCCGUUCCCCCUUCCUGGAAGGACCUUGGCAAGGCUGCCAACGACCUCCUGUCCAAGGACUACCCCAUCCACGGCAACUCGCUCGAGGUCAAGACCAAGACGCCCAACGGUGUCACCUUCCGCGUUCUCGGCAUCCGUGACUCCAAGUCGCAGGCCAUCAACGGCGACCUCGAGGCCAAGUGGGAGGACCGCAAGAACGGCGUCACCUUCACCCAGGCCUGGUCCACCGCCAACGUGCUCCGCAACCACAUUGAGCUCGAGAACCACAUCGCCAAGGGCCUUAAGCUCGAGCUCGUCUCGACGCUCGUGCCCGAGAAGCAGACCAAGAACGCGCUCUUCGCCUCGACCUACAAGCAGCCCGGUCUGCACACCCGCCAGCACCUUGACCUCUUCAAGGGCCCCACCUUCACUGCCGACGCCGUCCUCGGCCGCGACGGCUUCCUCGCCGGUGCUGAGGCCAGCUACGACGUCAAGGAGGGCAAGCUGAGCCGCUACAACCUCGGCGCCGGCUUCCACGCCCCCGACUACGCCGUCACCUUCCACGGCCUCGGCAACCUGUCGACCUACUCGGCCAGCUACUACCACCGUGUCAACGCCGACACCGAGGCCGGUGCCCGUGCCACGUACGACUCCAAGAGCCCCAACUCGAACGUCAACCUCGAGGUCGGCACCAAGACCUACCUCGACAACGCCGCCUUCGUCAAGGCCAAGAUCAACAACUCGGGUAUCCUCUGCCUCGGCUACACCCAGGCGCUGCGCCCCGGCGUCAAGGCCUCGUUCGGUCUUGCGCUCGACACCGCCAAGCUCAGCGACGCGCAGGCUUCGGCCAACGCCCACAAGCUGGGUGCCUCGGUCACCUUCGAGGCCUAA